GCAAAAAAAAAAAUUGUGACAGCGAAGACAUUUACGUGGCCAAAGCAAAUCAACACAAAAAAAUUAACUUCGAAACGACCACAAUUUCGACAAUUUCACUUUUAGAAAAUUUUAGUAAUUAACAAAAUAUGUGGAGCAAGCUACUUGUACUUUGCGCGCUACUGCUGCAACUGUUUAAUGGUGCGGAAUCAUAUUUUGUAGUCGUUGAUGCCCAUUCGGAGGAAUGUUUCUUCGAUCGAGUAGAAGCCGGAACGAAAAUGGGUGUCAUGUUCGAAACGAUAGAAGGAGGUUUCCUGGAUAUCGACAUUCGCAUAACCGGGCCUGACGGCGCAUCAAUCUACCAGGGAGAACGAGAAUCAAGUGGCAAAUAUGCGUUCGCAGCCCACAACACUGGCAUAUACACGUACUGCUUCAGUAAUAAAAUGUCAACGGUGACACCGAAGACGGUCAUGUUCACAGUAGAAAUCGGUGAGGCACCUACUGGUACCGUUGGCGCUGCAAAUGAAGCCGAUUCCGGCCAUACCAAACUGGAGGACAUGAUCAGAGAAUUAGCUGGCACACUGACUGGCGUCAAACACGAACAAGAGUACAUGAAUGUACGUGACAAAAUCCAUCGGUCGAUAAAUGAAAGCACAAAUUCCCGAGUGGUGAUGUGGUCAACGUUCGAAGCUUUAGUUUUAGUUAUUAUGACCGUCGGUCAGGUGUAUUAUUUGAAACGUUUCUUUGAGGUGCGAAGAGUUGUUUGAGGAUCGAUGCCUUUUGACUUCACAAAUUUUGGCGGUAUUACGUAGUCAGAGAUGUUUUGCGUGUAUUUAUUUUGUUCAUUCGAUUAAUUCAGAAAAAAAAAUAUUUUUUUGGGGAUUGCAAUCAGAUGCAUCCGACAAUAGCAACAGCAACCACAAGAGCAGUCAAAUAGGAUAUUUUCAACAGGCAAGUUUCGAUCUUUAUUUCUAUCGGUUUGCAGUCAAUUGCAAUGUUGGAAAAUGAAUUAAAUAAAUUUUUGUAAAAAA